AUGAGUACCUCACAUGGAAGGCCUCUCUCACCGGGCGGCCGCCGUAUUGCCAACGCUGGUCGAACGUCUGCAGGCAGUUUCGUCACUGUUCCAAGCCAUCAUGACUACACUACAACAGCUAGGACCUCGAGAGACUACGUGCCUGGUCCACGGGCAAGUACAGAGCGAGCAGAUGGCCCAAGAGUAGUAACACUCAGGCAGCGCAGUCCACCUCGAAAGCCUCGUGACGAUGAUUACGAAGUUCGACCACGCAUUCGGACCAACUCUCUCGACCUGGGCGACUCUUCAAAGACUCGAUCCGUGAACUUAAUAGACCCAAGGUCUUCCGCGAAGUCUUCGAGACCCAUCAUAACUAGAGAAAUCGAGAAACCCAAGAGUCCGGUGCCUAAAGCCGGUGGCGCCCAGCUUGAGGCAUCAUACAUUGUCCCAGCCUCAUCUUCUGGACGCCAUCACCAGAGACAUUCGUCCCUAAACAUGGGUGACCGAUUAGCGGUCAGAGAUCGCGAAAGGGACCGCCUUUAUCCGAAUGAGCGGACGUCCAAAAGAGAUGACCGGGAUUACUCAUACGAGUACACGAAUCCCAAAGAACAGGUCCUUCGAGAUCUAGCACCUCCCCCACAGCGAAGACCCCGGAGGGAAAGUUACACAAGUGCACGGCCUACAAGCAUGGUCGACCUCGAUCGCUAUGAUAAGGUGUAUCAUCGAACGGAUAGGGAUGCCCCUCCUCCGGUAGCCGCCAGAGGAUUUGAUACUAUAAAUCGACAAGAGAGUCGCAAGCAAAGUAUCAGAGCUGGCGCUGAUGAGUUAAAGAGGAAGGACUCGACUUCACAAAGAUACCCAGGAGAUGUGAGGGAUGAUAGUAGACCCUAUGAGCCGAUCAAGCCACCAGGGCCGUCUAGAGAUGACUAUGUGCCUUACCCUGAGGAAAACAGCCGCCAUCAGAGACCUCGCAAAUUUACGAUAGAGAAUGAAGCAUUGCCUUCGAGGCAGAGAGAGCAUGUCGAUGAUAGAGAUGAUCGGUACGAAGACCGUACUCGAAGGCAUCAUCACCACCAUGACGAAAAUGAUCAUCGCAAAGAUAUUGGAGAAAGAGAUUCACGACAUCAUCGCAGGGAUCUUGAUGACGGUGAUAGAAGAGAGCGGCCAAGAGAAUAUGAAGACAAGGCUGAAAGAGAGCGACGAAAGGAGUAUGACGAUAGAUCUGAACGUGACCGGCGUAGGCAUUACGAAGAACGAGAUGAGCGAGAGCGCCGCCGAGACACUGAAGAAAGAGGGCAUCGGCAUCGUCACGAUGCUCGCGAGCGACCUGAUGAUGACGAGGGUGCAGGAACUCAUGGUGGUUUGCUGGCAGCGGGAGGUACUGCUGCAGCCGCUGGCCUGGCCGCAGAAGCAGUCCGCCGCCAGAAGUAUAAGGACGAUGAUAUUCGAGGCUCCAAAGACUCCCAUGGCCACGUCUCAGAACGUGAAAGGGCCGCUGAAAAUACGGGCCUGAGCAGUGAGCCUGAGGAGGAAGAUAGAGAGGAACGGCGACGACGACGCCGUAGACAGCGGGAGAUUGAGGAACGCGAGGAGCGGCUCGCACGAGAUAGAUUGCAAUAUGAGGGACAAGAUGAAGCUGGGCCUAAGCGCAUUGAAGCUCCACCAUCUCUCGAGCAUUCGUUGCGUGAGCAAAAGUCUUACGAACGCCGCCCCGAGGACGAUCAACCCCGACGGCAACGACAUCGACACCAUCGUCGGCAAAAUCCACGAAGCAGCGAUAUAGAUUCUCGCUCCGAUAGCUCCGGGCCCUCUGACAGUGACAGUGGCCCAGAUCGAGCUCCUCGGGCACCAAGGGUCAUCUCGCCUACCAAUGAGAACGCGGAAGCAGCAGCCCCUAAGCUACCGCCUAAAGGUAUCCUCAAGACUCCGCGCGUGAGAUUUCCGGAAGAACCUCAGACAACGCGUGAAGGGGUGGCUCCGCUCGAUGCAGCGAAGAAGGGCAUCCCACAGGAGGCGCGUUGGACCAAAAUAAACAGACGCUUGGUGAACCCCGAGGCGUUGGAGCAGGAGGGAGUCAGGUUUGAAGAGUUCCCAGAUCAUGUUAUCGUGCUCAAGGUACUUUCGGAAGAGGAAAUCUCCAAGUACACUCAAGUGACUCACGAAGUUCGAGAGAGGAGACGGCUUGAACAAGGCUCGCAGGCAAGCGGUAGUGGGAGCGGGACCGGUGUAACAGGCCAGAACCAAGAGCCUGGCGUGGAACGGCCUCAUGGCACAUGA